AUGUACGGUAACGCUAGUGAAGAGAGUACGGCUGAUGAAACACAUGAGCAUCUCGCUGUGUUCAUCGUUCUUUACGUGUUUGUAUCCGUGAUCGGGAUUAUUGGCAAUGUCAGUUUAAUGGCAGCACUGGCCUCUGGUGGCGCGUCACGACUUCGAACCCCGCAGCUGUUGAGCGCAUGCGCAGCGGAUCUAUUAGUAUGUGCCGCGAGUGCACCACUAGCCGCCACGCGUGCAGUGAGGGCACAACAGCUACCCUGUCAUGUGACAAAUUACAUCGAAUCGUUCCCUGUGGCUGCGAGUACACUGUCGAUUGUCGCAAUGGCGACAGACCGGUGCGGCGCAGUGCUGCGAGGACGCGGCAACUCGUUGUGUGCUCGCCCAUAUGUAGCAGUAGCGGCUGUUUGGUUUCUGGCUUUUAUAUUGGGUGCAGUUAUAGUGAUAGCUACGUGCCUGUCCUGUCCGCCGUUAGCUGCAGCACACGCCGUGGUUACCUAUUGCAUUCCUGUCAUAGCAGUGACUCGCUGCCAUUGGGCAGUUCGUGUCAAACUAACAGCGCUUUCGCUGACAGCAAGAGCAGCCCACGGCGAACUACCUUUACCUGUUCCGCUUAUUCGAAGACCAACACACGUAAUCAUUGUGGCUGGCGUCGGACCGAGGGAGCGCCGAGACGCAGUCGAUGUCGGUGAUAUUAGAAACAAGAAGAAACUGCAGCCAAGUCUUCUGGGUCCACAGCCGCAGACGUCAACACUGCGGUCCAGGAGACGCCUGGGCAACGUUCUCAUUGCGAUCGGUGCAAUAUUCGCCGCGUGUUGGUGUCCACACGCAGCUAUUGUUAUAUUGAGCGCUUUUGGAAUUCACGCACCAUUUAUCAUAGCACAGUAUGCCCUGCUGCUCGGUCACGCUCACUCAGCGCUGAAUGCUGCCGCGUAUUGGGUACUUAACAGGCAUGCAUUGACUGCAGCUUGCGCUGCUUGGCGCAUACCGCAAUUACGUGUACGGGAAGAAAGACCUUCGUCUACCAACGAAGCAGCGCUGGGAGCCUUUCACCCGAGACUCGCGCGUCCAGCACCUUCUCCACGGCCGCCCCCUUCUAGCUUUUUGUAUUGA